UUGUAAGCAAUCAUGCAAAUAGAAACUUGCAGUCGUGCAGUGCACAGACACUUCUUUCCAGAAGGCAGAGAGCAAUGCUCAGUCUACUGACAGUCGAGCCAGCAGAGAAGUCAGGACAUAUUCUCAUAGCACUAACAGACAAUACCACCACCAGUUGGUCUUCUGAAGCCCACUUUCACUCUCCUGGGUGUGAUUGCUCCUGAAUGCACAUUCAACCUCCUCUACUGCUGACAGUGAAGACCUGCAGAUGCACUCAACCACAGGCUUACUUUUCAACACUGCAUCUGUCUCAACACUCACACCAAAGCUGUACCCGCGGGAAGAGGUAACACAUGUUUUAUUGACAGAGCUACAGGUGGUUUGAGUUUGAGCUGCUGGUGGACUGGAGGAGUUUUUUUUCCUGUGGUGAGCGGUGGCAUCUUUGGAGCCAGUAUGGUGCCUAUUGUUGUGGCAUGUUUGGUAUUCAUCCUGCUGGGCUUGGGGCAAGCUCAAGUUGCCACACAGAUUCAGGAGCAGAGCCAGAGUCGGGGCCAGGGGCAGGACAGCUCUGCCACCCCUUGGAGGCAGGUGAUUCAGUGGGAGAACAAUGGCCGGCUGUUUAGCCUGCUGAACAGUGGAGCUGAAUAUGUUCCUGCCAGGGCGGGGACCCAGGACAGAGGUCCCAGCGUGGUUGUGGCAAACACUAGUCCACGCUCUUCGCGUCGACCUCCGGGAGGCAAUGUCCGCCGCCAGGCUCCAUCAAGAGGAUCCUCUGAGACUAUCCGUGGGCAGGCAAGGCAUCCUUUUGGCUUUGGGCAAGUGCCUGAUAACUGGAGACAAACUACAGGCAGCACAGGUGGUAGCCAGUUCCAAGGAUCCUCUAGCACUCGCUUCAGGCCAUCCACAGGCUCUUCGUCUUCAUCGUCAUCAUCAUCCUUUUCUUCAUCUUCUUAUAGUAUACCAUCCUACCCACAGAACCCAUUUCCUCAACAGCCUCCUUUUCAACCAGGACCUUACGACUCUAGUGUUGUAGAGGGACCAGUCAGGAGCUACGAGCCACCUUUUCAGCCUGUUGCCGGUGGAGGAUUUGGCGUUGGAGGGUAUGGCGGUGGAGGGUAUGGUGCUGGACAGGGGUAUACUGGAGCAGGGUUUGGAGGUGGUCUGGCCCCAGUGCUCCCAGGCUCUCCCUCUGAUUUUACUGACGAUGGCUACCGUUACUACCAGUCUUAUGGCUAUGGGCCCAAUCCUGUGGUGCCUGCACGUGCUGCCCAACCACCAUUUGCAGAUGGUCUGGACCGCAGAUACACCCACAGUCUCUUUAACGGGGAGACUGCUCCUGCCAUCCCUGCUGUUCCUGCCCCUGAUGCCAACCAGGCAGCUCCCGUAAUAGUGGACAGGACAGGACCAGCUGGUCAACCACAAGUCAGGAGCCCUCAGUAUGAGCAGUUUCCUCCAUAUGGAAGACCCCAGCCUUCUUUCCUGCAGCCCAUUCCUCCAGGCAGAUAUUCUCCCAACUCCGGCCUUGAGAACCCCGGCAUGAAUGUUGGGAGUGUGUACCGACCAGAACAGAGAGGUUUGCCUGACCUGGUUCCUGAUCCCAACUAUGUCCAGGCUUCCACAUAUAUCCAGAGAGCCCACAUGUAUUCACUCCGCUGUGCUGCGGAAGAAAAAUGUCUGUCAAGCUCCGCCUAUGGCCCCGAGAUCACCGACUAUGAUGUAAGGGUCCUGCUGCGGUUCCCACAGAGGGUGAAGAACAAGGGGACUGCCGACUUCAUGCCUAACAGGCCACGUCAUACCUGGGAGUGGCAUAGCUGUCAUCAGCACUACCACAGCAUGGAUGAGUUCAGCCACUAUGAUUUACUGGAGGUCAGCACUGGCCGUAAAGUGGCAGAGGGACACAAGGCUAGCUUCUGUCUGGAGGACACCACCUGUGACUUUGGUCACCUAAAGCGAUAUGCAUGCACCACUCACACUCAGGGGCUAAGCCCCGGCUGCUACGAUACAUACAAUGCAGAUAUUGACUGCCAGUGGAUCGAUAUCACCGACAUCCAGCCUGGAAACUACAUACUAAAGCUCCAGGUUAAUCCUAAAUUCUUGGUGCUGGAAUCAGACUUCACCAACAAUGUGGUCAGAUGUAAUAUACACUACACAGGACGGUUUGUUACAACAACCAACUGCAAGAUAGCACAGUCUUGAUCCGGCACUGGAAGGCUGCCAUGCUAGAGUGACCCUGAUUGCUAUUCCAUUGAAAUGUGAAUGGAAUCCAUUUGUUGUUGGUUCAUUGUU